UUUGGAAAUCCAGUUUGUCACAUUUUAUGAAUGGCUGAAUUCCGAGAACGAUCAGCAGGAUUAGGAAGUUGACAUCAUGUGUCGGUUUGACUUAUCACUGAGUGGAAGCCGCAAGGUUCAAAGAGGAUAAUGCAAGGGUCAUAUUUUAAAUCCUUGUGAAGAAAAUAGAUAAAAUGUGACUAAAUUUAGACGAUAGCAGGCACAAAUUUAAUAUCAAAAGAUGUCAAAAACUGGAGCUGAUCUUCCACUAGUAGUAGCGGCGUCACAUUUGGUUAAUGCCUCCAUGAAAGGCUAUCUGGAAAAGAAGAGACCAAGUAAAAAGUUGCUGUCUAUAAAAUAUCAGCGUAGAUGGUGUUUGGUUUACGGGAAUUUAUUUCUGUACUAUGAUUCUCCAGAGGAUAAAGCACAGAAAGGAGGGUUUUCUCUUGAAAGUUAUCGAUUUUUACAUAGUCCAGGGCACAGUCCAUUCGGGUUUUCAUUGGUCAGUCAACUUAAACGAAAAUUUGAGUUCAUGGCUCCUAGCAAAGAUGAAUAUAUAAAUUGGGAGAACGCAAUUAAGAAAGGCAUUGCACUUACUCGGAGACAAAACGAACCUUUAAAGGUAAAACCAAUGCAAACAACCAAGGAUGAUCAGGAUCUGUAUAAAAAACAUGCGAAUUUAGAAAAGAUAUCAACAAUGCCGAAUAUGAAAAUUCCUGAGCGGCCGAGAAUUCCUCCAAAUACAUAUGUAAGUCCUAAAAGCAUUGGAGCCAAAACUUUCCCUGAAAAAACGAAAGCACAAACUAAUAAUAUUACCAAUUCACCUAAAAUAUUGGAGAGAAAAGCGAUGGCGAUGCAGGAGGCAUCCAAAUAUGAUUUAUACAUCAAGGGAAACAAAACAUCAGGUAGUGAAAGUGAUUCUGAUAGUGAUGGUGAUGAUGGUUAUAUUAAAACCGCAAAAUUAAAUCUUCCAAAGAUCCCAAUCAAACACACAGAAAACACGCCGAUAGACGACACGAAAGAUUACACACAAGAUGACUAUAUGAUAGUACUUCCGAGUCUUCCUCCGGAUAAAAGUGUUAAAGUGGAAAGUCCUUAUGUUGAGUUCAAGUCAGAUGAAACUGAUAGUCAAGUGGAUGGAAAAAUAGAAAAAAUAUACAGCAGUGUCAAAAACCCUUCUAUUGGAUUAAUAAAGCAGAUGUCCGAAUCGGACUACGCAAUUGUUGAUCAUACCCUUCGGAAGGAUGACGACAGUAACGCGGUAAAUACAAGAAAUCCCUCUAUUGGAUUCAUUCAGCAGCGUUCGGAAUCAGAUUACGCCUCUGUUGAUCAUUCUGUUUUGAACAACAAAGACGAUGUUGUUAAAGGUUCUAGAAACCCUCAAAUUGGAGGAAUUAAACAAAGAUCAGAGUCUGAUUAUGCAUCCGUUGAUAGUGUGACUCUUCUUAGAAAAAAUCCUCCUUGUAGAAAAGCUGAACAAAGUUCUAAUUCAGGAUAUGUUACCGUUGAUCACUAUGGCGCGGUCAACAAUCCGGACAGUGACGAAGCAGAUUCAGAUGAUGACUAUGAGAACCCACAUACUGUUAUUGAUUAUACUAGCUUGCCUAAUUUGCAUUUACCACAAAACAAAGUGCAAUCAGUGUCAUCUUCGUCUACGGAAUCAGAGUCCGAUGAUUCUGAGGAUGAUUACAUGAAACCGGGAAGUCCUCUUAAGCCCAUUACAAACAACAAUCAGCAGGUCAACGAUAUUAGUUAUUUAAGUAGUGAAUCUUCAGACACGGAUGACCAGCUGUCAGAUCCAGCAUCAGUACCCAUUACUGUACAAAAAGUAUUCGAUCCUAUUUAUGAAAAUUUUGCGUAGUAAAACAAAACAGUUAUUAAAUACGGGCAUGGCAUAAAUACAAAAUAUGUGCAUUGGAAAGUUUUACAAAGGUAUAAACCCUUUUUAUUGGCCAAUUAGGCUUUUCAUAUGUACUAGUAUGAGUUCGAUAUGUCAUAAGUACAUGUAUGAGUAAAAAGUUUUUUAUGUGCAUGUAAGUGUUUUAUGUACAAUAUUUAUUAAAGUUUAAUGUUCAAUA